AUGGAAGACUUCCUGACGGCCGUAAAGACCGUUCACAAGAACACUGCAGAUGAACAGGCGGAGCCGGCCCUCAAGGAGAUAUCUUCGCAGCCCGCCCGCAAGGAUGUCGAGCAAACUGUUGCGACAUCAUCAAGCAAAGGAGACGAGGGUUCAUCCGCCACGAAAAGGACAUCGGAGUCUUGCGAUACGCCAGAGAAAGCUCUCCAAUUACUCAAGAGUGAGCCGGAUCCAGACAGUCUGAUCCGCACCUUGAGAAAUCUGCGGUCCAAGGAAGGCUUCUCCGCAAACUUCGACAUCCGAAUACCAGGGCCCCUUCAGGCGCAGAUCAUUGGCAGCAUCGUCGGGAGGAUUGUGCCAACCUUUUGGCAUGCUUUUACGGAGAAAAACAGAGAUCUAAUUGCGAGCUGCCUUCGCAGCGUUGCCGGCGCCAAUGCAGUCGUUGCACGAAUGAGACUUCUGUGCGACUCGCAAACCACCUCCACCAACAUCGUGGAAUUGCGAGAUCUCUUGCAGGUAUUAGAAUCAAUAUUUGCUGGGGACGAUUUCGUUCACACGAUCUGGUCGGGCCUCUCUCGUGCCAGUACCAACGACACGCAACGGUCGAUGUUGUGGAAGGAGUUCGUCAAUCUUGUCGGCUCUGGCAAAAUCAUUUCAACAGCUGCACGCUCCGAGGAUGUCCUCAAGGGAGACGACACAGUUGCGAAACCCAUGUGGCUCUCCAAUGGUCCUGGCUUCUCGGCCUGGCUGGGUAGGAACAUUGCCCAUCUGUUGAUGGAGACAAGGCGUGAUGAUCACGUUGUACCUGCAGCCGACAAGUUCGCAGCCGAAUUGCUUGCCAAGUCUCUCAGUCUUGGCUACCCAGUCCCGCUCGUCAAAGAGCUUUUCAUCCAAUUCAUUCGUCGAAUUUCGCAUGGUGAGGAUGGCAAUGCAUCGUUUUGUGGCCUAGUGAGGCUCCUUCCAUCUUAUGGCAAGCGGCAACUCAUUGAGAACACGCUCCGGUGGCUUUCGACAGUCUAUGAUCCAGAAUGCGAACGGCGAGCUGAAGAAUUGAGUAAGAGCAAGCCAGCAGUGUCUGCACAAGCUGCACUGAUUUCAUCUCUUUGUGCUUCGGAUGCGUCCCUCAAGCAGCUGUUGAUUGAAUUCCUCGGCGACUGCACGCUUCUCACUGCAAUGACUUUUGAGCUUCGUCGAGCUUGCAUUGUUGUGCUCUCCAGCAUUGCUGCGGAUGAUCUUCAGCCUCUUCUUGAGAAGCUGAUGACAACCUUCGGUGGUACUCUGUUCAUCAACCACACGCCCAUUUUGCAGCAAGAAGCCAUGGCGCAGGUAAUCGUACUAACUGCUGGCUACCUUCACCGAACGACUCCAAUAGCCGUGCUCAUGACUGCGCGGUCAUCGAGUCACAUGCAGGGCGUUAGUAGUCGACUUGAUAGUACCAAUUCCAAAGCUCGGUGGCUGGGCAUGAUAUGUGGCACUGCAUUUUCAAGCUUGGUUGAUAAAGGAGGCUCGAAAAUGAGCUUUGGGACCGAAGAUAUGCAGACAAAUGAAGCCAAGUGGUACCUGGAACUUGUCAACAUCAAGGAUGAAGUUGGCCGUCUGGAGGACCUUGAGAAGUUGGUGAAGCUGCAGGAGGUACCACAAAUACGUAAAAAGAGGAUCCAACAGAGGGCUCCGACCAAAAGGCUUCCAGUCGUAGACGGCAAGCAGACAUUUGGACCUCUCCGGCCUCCUGCACCAGCCCAAACAGAAGUCAUAGGCGAGAAGAUUGCCGAGAUUUUCGACGAUGGGGAAGACGACGACGAAGACGAAGAUCUCAAACCGCAUGCGAAGCCCGAUAGUGACCCGGAAGACAGUGAUGAGGACGCGACGCUUGUGAACCGAAACAAGUCCCGAGCUCCGGUCUACAUUCGCGAUCUGAUGCGCAUGUUAAAAGACGACCAAAACCAUGACCGCUUUCAGAUGGGCAUCAGGCAUGCGUCGGCACUCAUCAGAAGAAAGACCCACUUCGGCGGCGAAGUCAAAGACCACGCGGAAGAGAUUGCCUUGAUUUUGUGUGAUUUGCAAGACCCUUUCCAGACAGACGACUUCGAUGAGCUCAAGCUCCAAGCGCUCAUUGCCAUCUUACUGAGCGAUGUUGAUACAAUGGCGCCAUGGCUAAGCAAGCAGGCUUUCUUUGGAGACUACUCAUUGUCUCAGCGCUGCAUCAUGCUCAGUGCUCUUGGCUUGGGUGGUAGAGAGCUCGCAGGGUUCAAAGAUCAAGAUUCGCUCAACCCUACUCUACCAUCGAGUGCCACAUCCUUCCCAAGCAGACGUCUUCCAAGCCACCUCCACGCCAUCUAUAGCCCUACAAAUGCGUCAGUGAAACGCUUGGAAGCGGCGAGCAAGAAUGUUGAACAUCAGAUGAUGAAGCCACUGGCGCUCUCUGCCGCCGACAAGACCACUUCUCACCUCGACGCCGUUAAAGUCCGGACAUUCUCCAGCCGCAUGGCCGUCGAACGUACCAAGCGAAAACCCGCACCCAAUCAACUGGCCAAGAUCCUCGGCUCAGGCUUCUUCUUCCCUCUGCUCAGCAGAUAUCAGCAGGAGAUCUCCGCCUACGGCCAGUCGAGCGUCUUCGCCUCUGCCUCCUUCCUCCUCGUCACCUUCCUCAAAACCCUCGCCUUGCUGCUCCACGCCUCUGGCCCGGCCACGAUGGAUCUCGCCGAAAUCACGGCUGCUUUCUGGGAUCUGCUCCUCUCGCUACGAGUGCAGGCGAUCUCCGACAUCAGCGUUCUGCAGGCGGUCCUGUUCGCCCUCCUCACGCUCCUGGAGGUCAACAGCGACGCCAAGCAACGCAUCGUCCAAGAGACCCCAAAGCAGUUGAUGGAGACGCAGCAGUGGGUCGAUCUCGUCUUCGAGCGCACGGGCGGUGGAGCGCUUAUUACGGAAGGAAGCGAGGACGAAACGAGGGUCAGAACUCUCUCGGCUGGUGUUUUGGUCAAGACACGAGAGAUCAUUGAGGCGUAUCAGAAGAGUCUCACGGGAUUCGCGUAUGGAUGA